CCAUAAGAACGUCACUGAUUUAACGGACAAAAAGGCGGAAAACAGAACGGUAUGGACUCUCCAGGCAGAAGUCAAAGUCCCAGUCCUGUGCAGAAAGAGCCGAGUGGGCCGCCGGAAGACGAGUCCGGUCCCGCCGCCGCGGCGGAGGAGGAGGAGCCUCGACGGGCCGGCUCGGUCGAAGGAAGCCCCAAAGAGAAGUCGUCCCCUCGAGCGAGUCCGGGGAGCCCCGCCUCCGGCAGCUCGGACGACAGCACCAGCAGCGACGAUGAGGAUGAACAUCGCGGUGCAUUGAGGAAGCUAAGGAGCAGUGUGGCUCAGAUCAAAAGGUCAAGCUCCAAGUCCGUGUCCAGAGAAAGAGACGGAUCCUGGGGACGGGACCGGUCCAGAUCCAGAGAGAGAGACGGAUCGAGAUCCAGAUCCAGAGGACGAGACGGGUCCAGGUCAAGAGGUCAAGACCGGUCCAGGUCCAGAGAGAGAGACCGGGACCGGGGCCGCUACGACCGAGGACGCUACACACGGGAUCGCUAUGACGAUCGGCGCGACGAUCGGGACGGGCGUGACCGGUGGACCAAUCGGGGCGGAGAGUCGGACAACAGGCGGCGAGGACGCUCCGGCUCCCCGCCGACGGACUGGGAGCCGGCGGAGGCGCCGCCGGUGAAGAAGAAGAAGGAGGAGAUUGACCCGAUCCUGACCCGGACGGGCGGAGCUUACAUCCCCCCCGCCAAGCUGCGCAUGAUGCAGCAGCAAAUCACGGACAAGACCAGCCUGGCCUAUCAGAGGAUGAGCUGGGAGGCCCUGAAGAAGUCCAUCAACGGCCUGAUCAACAAAGUCAACGUGUCCAACAUCGUCCACAUCAUCCAGGAGCUGCUGCAGGAGAACAUCGUCAGGGGGAGGGGUCUGCUGUCCCGCUCGGUGCUGCAGGCUCAGGCGGCGUCGCCCACCUUCACCCACGUCUACUCGGCCGUUGUCGCCAUCAUCAACUCCAAGUUCCCUCAGCUCGGAGAGCUGAUCCUCAAACGCCUCAUCCUGACCUUCAGGAGGAGCUACCGCCGCAACCUCAAGCAACAAUGCUUGACGGCCUCAAAGUUUGUGGCGCAUUUUAUCAACCAGAACGUGGCCCACGAGGUCCUCUGUCUGGAGAUGCUCACGCUGCUGCUGGAGCGUCCGACCGACGACAGCGUGGAGGUCGCCAUCGCCUUCCUGAAGGAGUGCGGACUCAAACUGACCGAGGUGUCCCCGCGAGGAAUCAACGCCAUCUUCGAGCGCCUCAGGAACAUCCUCCACGAGUCGGCCAUCGACAAGAGGGUCCAGUACAUGAUCGAGGUGAUGUUCGCCAUCAGGAAGGACGGCUUCAAAGACCACCCGGUGAUCCUGGAGGGUCUGGACCUGGUGGACGAGGGAGACCAGUUCACCCACAUGCUGCCGCUGGACGACGAGUACGACACCGAGGAGCUGCUCAAUGUGUUUAAGAUGGACCCGGACUUCCUGGAGAGCGAGGAGAAAUACAAAACCAUUAAAAGAGACAUCCUGGACGAGGGCAGCAGCGACUCGGGGGAGGACGGCGACGGCAGCGACGAAGAGGGGGACGAAGAAGAGGAGAACGCGGAGGAGGGAGCAGAUGAGAAGAUCACCAUCUAUGAUAUGACUGAAGUCAACCUGGUUGCUUUUAGAAGAACCAUCUACCUCGCUAUCCAGUCCAGUUUGGACUUUGAGGAGUGCGCUCACAAGCUCAUCAAGAUGGACUUUCCUGACAGCCAGACGAAGGAGCUGUGCAACAUGAUCCUGGACUGCUGCGCCCAGCAGAGGACCUACGAGAAGUUCUUCGGCCUGCUGGCCGGGAGGUUCUGUCUGCUGAGGAAGGAGUACAUGGAGAGCUUUGAGGGGAUCUUCGCGGAGCAGUACGAAACCAUCCACCGGCUGGAGACCAACAAGCUGAGGAACGUGGCCCGGCUGUUCGCCCACCUGCUCUACACCGACUCUGUGCCCUGGAGUGUGCUGGAGUCGGUCCAGAUGAGCGAGGACACCACGACGUCGUCCAGCAGGAUCUUUGUGAAGAUCCUUUUCCAGGAGCUCUGUGCCUACAUGGGCCUCCCCAGACUCAACCAGAGGCUUAAAGACCCGACUCUGCAGCUGUACUUUGAAGGUCUCUUCCCUCGGGACAAUCCCAGAAACACUCGCUUCGCCAUCAACUUCUUCACCUCUAUCGGACUGGGAGGCCUGACGGACGAGUUGAGGGAACAUCUGAAGAACGCUCCCAAGAUAAUCAUGACUCAGAACCAGGAAGUGGAAUCCUCUGACUCCUCCUCCUCUUCAUCCUCCUCGUCCUCAUCUGACUCCUCCUCCUCGAGCGACUCGGAUUCCUCCGACUCCAGCAGCAGCUCGGACUCGGACGGCAAACAGAAGAAGAAGAAGAGAAAAGAACAAAGCAUUGAGAAGAAGAAGAAGAAAGGGGAGGACAAGAAGAAGAAAAACAAGAAGAUGAAGAACAAGAAAGACAAACAGUCGGACAAGAAGAGAGUCGAGCGCAAGAACGAAGACGAGGGCGACGAGGACAGCGGCGACGAGAAGCAGGCGAGGAAGGACAGGAAAGGCCUCGCGGAGGGGCGUGAGCGUGCACGUGAGAUGGAAGGGCGUGAGCGUCCACGUGAGAUCGAGGGGCGUCCACGUGAGAUAGAGGGGCGUGCACGUGAGAUGGAGGGGCGUGAGCGUCCACGUGAGCCGGAGGGGCGUGCACGUGAGAUGGAAGGGCGUGAGCGUCCACGUGAGCCGGAGGGGCGUGCACGUGAGAUGGAAGGGCGUGAGCGUCCACGUGAGCCGGAGGGGCGGCACGUG